CAUUAAACCUGGGGCAGUUUGGUAAUAUCAUUUAUUGUGAUUUACCAUAUUUGCCAAACAUGCAGGUUGACGUGUACUUGCUGCAAUUUACGAACGUUACCAAAAUUUUGCCGUUAUAUGACUUACAUCCCCAUCUACCCCAUGUCUCAUAAAUGCUUCUACCAACUUUUAAUUAUUCAAUUUUUUUUUUUAAAUUGAUGUAUUGAUAUUAUUGUGUUUUAAUAUCAAUAAUAAAUGCAACUUUCUCUCUCCUCACUUCUACCAUUAACGACCCAUCUUCGAAAAUCAAGCUCAAUGGAGGGAGCUUGAUUAGAGGACAUGGUCACCCCUUCCCUUAGGGAUUGACCAUGCCAUUAAUUUCACCCUUUAUUCAUAGGGUUUUCGUUUAAGAUUGGGGAAGGUGGGUUGAGAUCGGGGAAGCUUCAAUGGUGGUGAAGAUCAGGAAAGCUUCAACGGUGACGGUCGGCUACAACACUAACGGACUCGGGACAAACUCUAACGUCUGUUAAAUCAUCUGCACUCCUACUCAGCUGCUGACUAAUUGCCAUCAUUCAUUGCUCCCCUUAUGUGGACGGUUACUGUUCACUUUAUUUACAAAAGAGCCAUUUUAAUUGACAAGUUCAAUUGAUCAACAAGAUCAAUGGGGGCUGCCUCGACAAUCACCCUGAAUAAAAUCCGAUUUAGAUUUUGAUUUACGUAAAUGCAAUAAUUUAGCACAACUUCAAUUUAAAAUAGACCCAAUUCGGUCCGACUUAACUAAGGCUGACCAAAUCACCCGACACCUCAUUGCUAACAAAGUAAGAAAGAAAGAAAGAAAGAAAAAAAAAAGUGAUUAGCAACCCAAAAUAACAGAGAACAGAGUGACCGACUGAACCAAGGGUCAACAUUCCAUCCCAAAAACCCAAUCAAAUAAUCAUGUCGUGCGACACCACCAAACAGAUCUUCCUCCUCUCCGGCCAAAGCAACAUGGCCGGCCGAGGAGGCGUCGUUAAAUUCACCGACCACCACCACCAUCACCACAAGAAAUGGGAUGGCGUUAUUCCGCCGGAAUGUCAACCCCACCCUUCAAUCCCCCGCCUCAACGCGCACCUCCAUUGGGAACAAGCGCGUGAUCCACUACAUUCCGACAUCGAUAGCCGAAAAGUUUGUGGGGUGGGACCCGGAAUGCCAUUCGCCAACGUGGUUAGGGAGCGCGUGGGUGGGACUAUUGGACUUGUUCCGUGUGCCGUGGGCGGGACCGCGAUAAGAGAGUGGGCGCGUGGGGAACACUUGUAUGAGAAUAUGGUGAAGAGAGCUAAAUGUAGUGUGGAGAAUGGUGGGGGUGAGAUUAAAGCAAUGUUGUGGUAUCAAGGUGAGAGUGAUGCCACGGCGGUUGAUGCUGACGCGUAUAAAGUGCGAUUGGAGAAGUUUAUUUGUGAUGUUAGGGAAGAUCUUCAGUUGCCAUUGCUUCCUAUCAUUCAGGUGGCACUCGCAUCUGGGGAUGAAAAAUACAUAGAGAAGGUGAGAGAAGCGCAACUUGGGAUCAAACUCCCAAAUGUUGUUUGUGUGGAUGCCAAAGGAUUGAAACUCAACGACGACAAUCUUCAUUUAUCUACCGAAGCCCAGGUUCAAUUAGGUCAGAUGUUGGCUGAUGCUUACCUCUGCCAUUUUAAUCCUUCCUCCUCUUAGGAUCUACAUAAUGCUGCAUUACUACGUGCAUAUGUUGUCAUUUGGAUAACUUAUACUUCUUAUGCAGUUUUAUAUUUCUCUGUAUUCAAUAAAUCAAAAUAUUUUUGAUCUGUUUUUAUUGCUCUCA